CCGGGGCCGGGGCCGAGGUCGGACCUGAACCGCAGCAGGGCGGAGCGGAGCCGGAGCAGCGCCUUGGUCGAGCCGCCCCCGAUGUCCAGUCAUGGAUGACGACAGUCAGGACGAGCUCGUCUACAGGAACGCGGCGGCCCGCGGCCGAGGGGGCCGGAGCAGGGGCCGGGUGCUCAGCGAGGCAGGUGACAGCAGCGAUGCCGGGCCCAGCGGAGACUUUGGGGAGGACACCGGGAGCGAAGAAGACGGAGACGCCGGGGAAGAGGAGGGAGAGGAAGGCUCGGACUGGGACAGUUCUGAAGACGAUGACUCCGUGGAUGACCAGGAGAUGGAGGUGUCUUUGGAAGCUGCCUUGGAGCUUCCCAAAGGACGGCCAGUUCUCCCAGCCAGGGGGGGCAUCAGCUCUGACGAGGACGCCGAGAGCUGUCCCAUCUGCCUCAACGUGUUUAGGGACCAGGUGGUGGGCACCCCUGAGAACUGUGCCCACUAUUUCUGCCUCGACUGCAUAGUGGAGUGGUCUAAGAAUGCCAAUUCCUGUCCUGUGGACCGUAUUCUCUUUAAGUGGAUUUGCAUCCGGGCAAGAUUUGGUGGCAAGGUCUUAAAAAAGAUUCCUGUGGAGAGUCAGAAGGCUCCUCGUGCCGAGGAGGAUGAGGAAGACCCCACCUUUUGUGAAGUGUGCGGCCGGAGCGACCAGGAGGAUCGGCUGCUGCUCUGUGAUGGCUGUGAUGCUGGGUACCACAUGGAGUGUUUGAACCCCUCUCUGAGCGAGGUGCCUGUCGACGAGUGGUUCUGUCCCGAGUGCGUUGCCACAGCUGCCCCAGCAGCACCCCCUGCUGCUGCCACCGACGCGGAGCCUGUGAGUGAGGAGGAGGUGGCUUUGCUCCUGGUUGAUGUGGUCCCCACCACCAGCCGGCUGCGCCCUAACGCAGGUCGCACUCGGGCUAUCGCCAGGACUCGCCAGAGUGAGAGGGUGAGAGCCACCGUGAACCGAAACCGGAUUUCCACUGCCCAGAGGAUUCAGCGGGUGCCCAGGUACCUCAUGUCGUCCCUCCUGGAUGAGACCAUCGAGGCUGUGGCCUCUGGCCUGAGCACUGCUGUGUAUCACCGACCUUUGACUCCUAGGGCCCCAGUCAGACGGAAGAGGAGAACAGGGAGAAGGAAGAAAGCGUCCAGAAAAAAGAGAGCAUCAUCCAAAUCCUCGGCACAAAGCAAGACUUUGGGGACACGGCCCAAGAGACGCAAGUCCCGAGCAAAGAAAAGGAAAGGGCAGGGGAGUCGGGUUAAAACUGAAAUCACCGCUCGUUCUCGCAUCGCCAGGACGCUGGGCCUCGGGAAACCCCUGCGUGGUGCCUCCAUCCCUUCUGUGUACAAGCCAGUCGAGCCCUCCCUGGGCUUCAUGCGAGCAGACAUCGGAGCAGCUUCCUUGUCUCUGUUUGGAGAUCCUUAUGAGCUAGACCCCUAUGACAGCGAAGAGCUCCCAGCAAACCAGGCAUCUCCUCUGAGCACCAAGAGGCGAAUUCUUUCCCAGUCAGCCCUCAGGUCUCAUCAACCCGUGGCUAGACCCAUUUCUGUGGGACUUUCCAGGAGGAGCGUUCCUGCUUCGGUUCCUGAGCAAGAUGUGGAGGUGGCUCCUGUCCCAGACCUCUUGGGGAGCAUAUUGUCUGGGCAGAAUUUCUUAAUGAUGAGUGGCUCAGAUGUGGUCAUCAAUCGAGAUGGUUCCCUCACAGCCCGGAAGGCAGCUCCAAUUUCCUUGCAGAGAACCUCGACUGCCAAGUCCCAGGAAGAUGGAGAGGCCAGGAGCAGGGGUAGUGUCCAGCCCAGGACCUUGCAGUCAGGGACCUCAGCCGCCCGCCUCAGCUCAGAGGUUUCUGAGCAUUUGGGCUUGAACUCCGGUGGGGGGGCCGCCCCCAGUGCGCUCUCGGCUUCCUCCUCUUCCUGCCUCAGGGGGUUGGAGAAGUCUGUGAGCCCUUCCUCAAGUGUGCCCGGAAGGGAAGCUGUGAAACUAGAAUAUUCAAUGACCCCUCGCCCAGUUCAGACACAGAACUUGGCAAAUAGGAACAAACUGGGUUUAAAACCAAAUGAAACGCCUCAGCUUAAUGGAGAAAAUAAGCGUCCUGUGUCAGUGAUGUCUGAGUCCCCUAAGGUUCUGAAAAGGACAGCGAUAGGACAGCCCCUCCCACCAGCUCCUAGGAGGAUCGACAUCUCAGAGCUUCCCAGGAUACCAAAGAUGAAGAGAGAAGGUGGAAGUGGCAGUGAUGGCCAUGUGGAUUCCAAGCCCGCCGGUGGCCAGGGCGCAGACAUCCCCAGCUCCUGCAUCAACCGGCUGACUGGCCGAGAAGGCAGCGGCCAGCCAGCCCGAGGGGGCCGCGUCGAGACCAGGCCCAGCGGCCGCGACUCCCAGGAGACCAGGAUGCACUCAGGGGGCGGUGGCGGUGGUGGUGGCAGCUCCUGCACCAGCAGCGGUGGCCCAGGCUCCCACAGCAGCCUCGCUCCAUUUGGGCCAUCUCGAGGCAAGGGUCUGGGCUCCUCCUUUGAAAGCUUUAGAAUUAACAUCCCAGGGAAUACGGCACACACCAGCAGGCUCCCAAACCCUGGCUUCUGUAACACUUUCCGGCCAGUUGACAAUAAGGUCCAGCGUAAGGAGAACCCUUCACCCCUCUUCUCAAUCAAGAAAACCAAGCAGAUCAAAAGCGAGAUCUACGACCCCUUUGACCCCACAGGGUCAGAUUCGAGCUCCCCCAGCAGCAGCCCUGAAAGGCUUGGUGCGGGGCUCUUGCCCUCCGAGAUCACCCGCACCAUCUCUGUGGAUAGUCCAAAGGUCCCAGCCUUCCAGACUGUCCGCUGUGUGACCUCAUACACAGUAGAGAAUGUCUUUGGGUCAGGCUCUGACCCAUCUGAUGGGCCAUCCUCCAGCCAUCCUGAGCGGAUCUCCACAGGCACAUCUGACCUGGAGAAGAUGGAGGAAGAGGAGCCCGGGAACAGCCCUUGUGUGUCCACCACUGUCCGGCGGCGCCUGUCAGAGCGGAUGCCUUUGGAGGCCGAUGGGCGUGAGCAUCGCAGCACCUUCUUUGCCGCUGAGGAGCGGACCGUGACAUGUGUGACCAUCGAACCAGCCUCACCUUCCGAAGAGGAGGUGGAGGAGGAGGAGGAGGAGGCGGCGGCGGCGGCCGCCCAACCGGCAGCCACCACCCACAGAAUUGUUGAGAUUCAUUCUCCUUCUCGGUCUCGCUCCAACUCGAGCUCACGCAGCCGCAAGAAAGCCAGGCGGAAAAAAACGUCCACCAAGGAGCACAAGAAAACUCGGUCCCACUCUCGUUCACGGUCUCACUCCCGGGAGAGAAGCUCACGGUCCACUUCCCGGUCAGUCGAAGAGGACUAUGCCAAAAAGCACCGGUUCAAGGCCAAGCCACGGAGGUCAUCCAGCGACCGCUCCAGCAGCCACGACAGAGCCAAGAAGAAGAGAGCCAAGGAGAAGAGGAAGGGCCCGUGGUCCCGGGACCGCCGAAAGUCCCGCUCGCGCUCAGGGAGCCCCGGCAGUUCUUCUUACGAGGUCUGCGAGAGCCGCAAGAAGAGGAGGAGGAGGUCGAGCUCCCGCGGCCGAGGCCGAGAGGGCUCGCGCUCCAGCAGCCCCGAGAGAGCCCGGAGGCAUAAGCAUCGGAGACAGAAGAGCUUCGAGCGCUAUGAGAAAAAGGAAAGGAGCUCCCGGCCCCGAGACAGGAGGAGCUCCCGCUCACGAUCAAGGGAGAGGAGAAAAUGGAGGUCCCGCUCUCCUUCGGCCUCCAGGUCCAGAGAGCACAAGAGGGCCAGGUCCAGGGAGAAGCGGCCCCACUCUCGUUCCCGGUCCAGGGACAGGAACCCUCCUGGGAAGGACGUGUCUCCAUCACCCCCGCAGGAGAAGGAGGUCAAGGCAGCGGAGGAGAGCACUCCCCCCAACCUCCCAGCCCCAGGCCAGGCCGGUCCCAGCCAGGUCGAUGGGCCACAGGCCCCCCCGGCCACAGAAGAGACGAUGGCCGAAGGCCCAGCUCAACCUGAGGUGCCUGAAGAGGUCGCUGCUGAUGACCUCGACUACGGGGAGACGGUGGAGGCAGAGCAUGUCUUUGACGACUUCUCCAGUGACGCGGUCUUCAUUCAGCUGGAUGACAUGAGCUCUCCCCCUUCCCCAGAAAGCACAGACUCAUCCCCAGAGAGGGGCCUUCUGCUCCCCCCAGCUCUGCCUGUAGGAAGCGGCCAGUGCAGUCUGAGCCUCGGGGCAGUCGCUGCAGGCAAAUGUGAGGCCCCCCCAGAGGACCCCCCGGGCGAGGCCCCUUCCUCCCAGGGCGCCCCCGAGAACCAGGUUGGGGAGGUGAUGACAGUGGAAGAAGAAGAGGGCCCUGUGGUCAGUGAAGAGGCCAGUGAGGCUGUGCAGUCGGAGAUGGAAGCUGUUUCCCAAACCCCCUUGCUGAAAUCAAAAGCUUUGGUGAAGAGGGUGACAUGGAACCUCCAGGAGGAAGAGGACAGCGUGGCGGGCCCCGGGCCCGAGCCAAGGGCACCGUUCUACAAGCUACCGAGAUCCCUGGAAGGGGCCUGGAAAGCUGAGGAGUCGAACCCCAGCCUAAAUCAGGUGCAGUCCCGUGAGCCUCCUCCCACCAAUUACAUGGUCGCUGAGCCCAUGUUUCCUGACCUAGGUUGCUCUCAGGUUUACAGCCCCACCAUGCCUCUGACCCCGACUCUGCCCCCGAGUGUGCCGCCCUACGCCCCCGUCAGCCAGCCCACCGUCCAGUUUAUCAUGCAGGGCAGCCUGCCCCUCGCGGGCUGCGGGACAGGACAGAGCCUGACCCCAGAGCCGUCCAUGCUGGCUGCAGUCUCUGAGCCAGGCGGCCAGGCGCUGGCCUUGGGAGAUGGGGACGAGAAGACGACGCCCAAGCCGGCGGGUGAGAAGACAAAAAAUGAAGAGUACAUGAAGAAGCUGCACGUGCAGGAGCGGGCUGUGGAGGAGGUGAAACUGGCCAUCAAACCCUUCUACCAGAAGCGCGAGAUCACCAAGGACGAGUACAAGGACAUCCUUCGCAAAGCUGUGCAGAAGAUCUGUCACAGCAAAAGCGGGGAGAUCAACCCCAUGAAGGUGGCGAACCUGGUCAAGGCCUACGUGGAGAAAUACAGACACAUGAGGAAACACAAGAAGACAGCCGAGCCCGAGGAGGAGCCCCACGAAGCCGAGGACUGACCCCGCCCCGGCCGCAGGCCUGGCUGCCGCAGAUGGGACGGAACGGGACGGGACUGGACGGGACUGGACGGGCGGGCACCCGCAGUGACCAACAUGAAACUCCGGGCUGAUGAAACCACCGCUGCGGUCUUCGGGGUUCCUUGGCCCCAGUGUCAAAGGGGACAGCCUAUCUUUUAUAUAUAUAUACAUAUAUAUAUAUAUAUACACACACACAGUAACUAUAUAUUCUAUAGACACUCUGUUUUCAUUGUGUUCUAAUUUAUCGAAACAUGGAUUGUCUUUAGAAACCUCUGAAUCGAUUUAAUACUUGAAAUGGGAAGCCUUGAGCCGGUCCAUGAGGAGUGGAUGCCGGACGUCAGGAAGGGCUGGCUCACCCCCGCCGUCCCACACCCCGUGUAGGAGUUGUCGUCUUGUUCCGAUUACGUUUCCUGUCGGUGAAUCGGGGGCCGCCUUUCCCAAGGAAAAAGCAGGAGUGCGGGGGGAACGUCCGUCCUUUCCCCGGCUCCUCCGAGAGCACCACACGGGCCGCAUGUGCGGCUAACGUCUGUUGAGAACAUUUUGUAUUUUUUGAGUAGAGUUUGGUGGCUUUAAAGCA